CUACUUGUUCUUUAAAUCCAUAUCCUCUGAUUGUGCUACUGUUUUACUUAAAAAUAUUUCAAUUUCAAUUCGGUUGCUUUUCUUGACAUUGUAUUACAUUAUCAUGGCAUUGAUAUGCAGGUGUUUAUAUAUGCAGGUCUUGUUGAUUGCAGACUCACUUUUUGUUCUUAGUUCUUCGCCACGUAUUUCAUCUUUUGGUCUUUGGUUUGUGAUUAGUGAAGACUAACUUGAACUGGGACUCUUGUAGAAUAUGGAGUCAGUCAUCAUUGAUAUCUCCUUGGAGAUUCUCACCUUAACAUUUGCCAUAGCGUUUCUGACAUGGGUUUUGCAAAACGUUUGGAGACAAAGGAGAGAGGGUGAUAUAAAUGAGCAUGGACGAGUUAGAGGGUGUAGAGUUUUUACAAUGAUCACUGUUCUAUCCAAUGUCAUCAUCUCAAUACUGUACCUUGAUUUUGGUUUGUAUGAAUAUUGGAAUCAUAGGAUUAUCACUAUUAAAUCUGUCUUCUUGUUCAUGACUUGGGUUUUAGCAACUUUAGUAGCAGUCUUAUCAAAGAAUAGAACUCUUAGUGGAAACAAAAGGUGGCCAUUGAUCCUUAUCCUCUGGUGGGUCUUUUCCUUCAUCGUUGAUUCAGUAUCUCUCACCAUUUACACUAUCACACAUUUGAAAUCCAUAGAUUUUCCAAGUCCUUUUCCAGAACCUAAUAUAGUUGAUUUUGCUUCCUUUCCUUUCGCAAUACUUCUUUGUUUCAAUGCUUUUCCUACUAGUUGUACUAGGAAACACAGUGACAUAGUAGAGCCUUUACUGCAAAAGGAAAAUGAAAGUUCCCUUGGUGAUGAUGGUGAAUUCACAAAUGCUGGAAUUUGGAGCCAACUUACCUUCCAAUGGUUAAACCCUAUUUUUAAAAGAGGUCGAGUUCAAAAGCUUGAAUUACCUCAUAUUCCUCCAAUUCCUCAAUCAGAAACAGCAGAAAAUGCUUCCCCGUUGCUGGAAAAAUCGCUCAGAAAAGCAUCAUCAUUGCCAAAGGCCAUAGCCUGUGCCAUAUGGAAACCCUUGUUCAUGAAUGCAGCUUUGGCAGAUUUUUUUUUAGGGCGGCUCAUGCUUCACAAUUCACAUAUUCCACUUAUGUAUUGGACUCCUCUCCUUCUUCGGUCAAUGCAUCAAGGAGUUAACACAAUUGCAUCCUAUACUGGUCCCCUCCUAAUCACAAACUUUGUGAAUUUCCUGCUGGGAAAGGAAGAUGAUUUAGGCACCCACUAUGGUCUGAUUCUUGCACUCAUUUUCUUCUUUGCAAAGACAGUGGAGUCACUAACUCAAAGACAAUGGUAUUUUGGUGCACAGCGAAUUGGCAUACAAUUAAGGGCAGCUCUAAUAUCAUUAAUUUACAAGAAAUCUAUAUCCACUAAGUAUGUUGGUUUAAGUAACGGUAAAAUUAUAAAUUUAAUCAAUGUGGAUGCUGAAAGAAUUGGAGACUUCUGCUGGCACAUUCAUAGAGUUUGGCUGCUUCCAGUCCAGGUCAUUCUGGCCUUGAUCAUCCUCUACAGGAAUCUAGGAGCUGCCCCCUCCUUUGCUGCUCUUUUUGCCACACUUUUGGUGAUGGUAUGCAACACGCCUUUGGUUAAGAUGCAAAAAAGGCUUCACUCCAAGAUCAUGGAAGCUAAGGAUUCAAGAAUCAAAGUGACUGUGGAGACUUUCAAGUGCAUGAGAAUUUUGAAACUGCAUUCAUGGGAACCCUCAUUCUUAAAGAAGCUCCUACAUCUCAGGGAAACUGAGAGAAGCUGGCUGAAAAAAUACCUGUAUUCUUCCUCAGCAGUGACCUUUCUCUAUUGGGCUUCACCAACUUUUGUUUCAAUUGUCACUUUUGGUGUCUGCAUUGUAUUGAAGACACCAUUAACAGCAGGUACAGUCCUCUCAGCCUUAGCCACUUUUCAAAUUUUACGAGAACCUAUCUACAACCUACCAGAGCUCAUUUCAAUGAUUGCUCAAACAAAGGUCUCAGUUGAGCGUAUCCAAGAUUUCAUUGGUGAAGAAGAACAAAAGAAGCUGAUACGUGAUCAUACUUCAAAUGCUUUGAAUAUCGCAAUUGAGAUUGAUAUAGGGGAAUAUGCUUGGGAAACAAGUGAAGAAAAAUUAAUGAGACCUACAAUCAAAAUUUUGGAGAAGAUGAAGAUAAUGAAAGGUUACAAGGUUGCAGUUUGUGGUCCGGUUGGGUCAGGAAAAUCAAGUCUUCUCUCUAGUAUACUUGGUGAAAUUCCCAGGAUUUCUGGGGGAGGAGUAACAGUUUAUGGAAGGAAGGCCUACGUGCCCCAAACUGCUUGGAUUCAAACAGGUACGAUUAGAGAGAAUGUGCUGUUUGGCAAGGAAAUGAACAAGGCAUAUUAUGAGGAUGUACUAGAAGCCUGUGCUUUGAAUCAGGAUAUCAAGAUUUGGCAAGACAGAGAUUUGAGUGUAGUUGGAGAGAGGGGAAUGAACUUGAGUGGAGGACAAAAGCAAAGAAUCCAACUGGCAAGAGCUGUCUAUAGUGAUGCCGAUGUUUAUUUCUUGGACGACCCUUUCAGUGCUGUUGAUGCCCAUACUGGAACCUAUUUGUUCAAGAAGUGUCUCAUGCAUCUAUUGUCACAAAAGACCGUCAUCUAUGCUACUCAUCAAGUGGAAUUUUUAGAUGCUUCCGACCUUGUUUUGGUGAUGAAAGCUGGAAGGAUAGUUCAGUCAGGAAGGUAUGAAGAUCUGAUGGCAGAUUCGAAUGGUGAACUUGUUAGACAAAUGGCUGCUCAUAGAAAAUCACUAAACCAAGUUAACCUACUCCAAGAUGAUAAUACCUUAACUACUAGACCCCAUGAGAUAAAUGAGAUAGAAGCUGCAGAAAAAAAAUUUGAAGGUCCCAUCAACAAUGGAAAACUUAAAGCAAGAACUGAAGAAGAAGAAGAAGCAGAAACUGGUAGAGUAAAAUGGAGUGUUUACUCAACCUUUGUUACUUCUGUAUAUAAAGGAGCUCUAGUUCCAGUUACCCUUCUCUGUCAAGUUCUCUUCCAAGGACUACAAAUGGGCAGCAAUUACUGGAUUGCGUGGGCAACAGAGGUAGAAGGAAGAGUCAGUAGAAAGCAUAUGAUAGGGAUAUUCAUUUUGAUGUCUGGUGGGAGCUCAAUCUUCGUAUUGGGAAGGGCAGUUUUGCUAUCUACUAUUGCUGUUGAGACUGCUCAGCGUCUCUUCUGUGGAAUGAUCACAUCAGUUUUUCGAGCACCCAUUUCUUUUUUUGACUCCACACCUUCAAGUCGAAUCCUUAGUAGGUCUUCUACAGAUCAAAGCACCGUAGACACAGACAUUCCCUACAGAUUAGCUGGAUUGGCAUUUGCACUUAUUCAGCUAUUAAGUAUCAUCAUCCUAAUGUCCCAGGUCUCUUGGCUAGUCUUCGUUCUCUUCCUUGCAAUUAUUGCCAUCUCUAUGUGGUAUCAGGAUUAUUACAUUACCACUGCUAGAGAACUAGCCCGAAUGGUUGGCAUUCGAAAGGCUCCAAUCUUGCACCACUUUUCAGAAUCAGUUUCUGGGGCAGCAACUAUUCAUUGUUUUGAUCAGGAAGAGCGCUUUGUGACAAGAAUUCUGAGCCUGAUUGAUGAUUAUUCUCGUAUAACCUUUCACAAUUCUGCCACAAUGGAAUGGUUGUGUGUUCGGAUCAACUUUCUUUUUAAUCUUGUCUUCUUCCUUGUUCUGAUAAUCUUGGUGAGCCUGGCUAGGUCAGCUAUUGACCCCAGCUUAGCAGGACUGGCAGCUACCUAUGGCUUGAACCUAAAUGUUCUUCAAGCAUGGGUGAUAUGGAAUCUGUGCAAUGUUGAGAACAAAAUGAUAUCAGUUGAGAGAAUUCUCCAAUUUACAAAUAUACCAAGUGAAGCACCCCUAGUGAUUGAAGAUCACAGGCCAAAGCCUGAAUGGCCAACAAAUGGAAGGAUAGAGCUUGAAAACCUUCAUGUCCAGUAUAAUCUUGCACUUCCAAUGGUUCUAAAAGGGAUUACUUGCACCUUCCCGGGAGAGAAGAAAAUUGGACUUGUGGGGAGGACAGGAAGUGGAAAGUCAACUUUAAUUCAAGCACUCUUUAGGGUGGUGGAGCCUUCAGGAGGACGUAUUCUGAUCGAUGGAGUUGAUAUUUGUAAAAUAGGUUUACAGGAUUUAAGGUCUAGGUUGGGUAUAAUACCACAAGACCCAACAUUGUUUCAGGGAACUGUGAGAAGUAAUCUGGAUCCUUUGCAACAGCAUUCAGAUCAAGAAAUUUGGGAGGUUAUCAGAAAGUGUCGUCUUGCAGAGAUAGUGAACCAGGACCAAAGGCUUCUUGAUGCACCAGUUGCAGAAGAUGGAGAAAAUUGGAGUGUUGGACAGAGGCAGCUUGUUUGCCUGGCCAGGGUUCUACUCAAGAAGAAAACAAUUCUAGUGUUGGAUGAGGCUACUGCUUCUAUAGAUACUGCAACAGAUAAUCUAAUUCAAGAAACAAUCAGAGAAGAGACAAAGGGAUGCACUGUUAUUACUGUAGCUCAUCGUAUACCCACUGUUAUUGACAAUGAAUUGGUUCUUGUUCUUGAUGAAGGCAAUAUUGUAGAGUAUGACUCCCCAGCUCAGUUACUCAAGGAUAAGUCCUCUUCAUUCUCAAAGUUGGUGGCUGAAUUCUUGAGGAGAUCAUCCAAGAGUGCCUGCCAUAGGGAUAUUUCUUGAACGAAGGACAAGAUUAUGAUGCAAACCAAUAAUAGCAGCCCCCUUGAAAGUCAUACAGUGAAUUGACACGUUGGGAUUCAUGAAAGAAAAACCGUUAUUCUGAAGAAAUUGUAGAUCAUCAAUGAGACCAUUGAUAUAGUUUCUCACAGCAUUGUUGCCAGAGAAUAAUACUGUGUAUGCUUUGGCAACACCAUCAAGUAAUUUAAUAUUUUAACCAAAGAGUUACAGUUAAUGCAAUUGCAAAUUUGACAAAA